AGUACCGUCAAGAUAAAAGUACUUUUUUUUUAUUCCAAGUAAUAAGUUCAGGCGUUACGGGGGGGGGGGGGGGGGGAGACGCGUUUGCUGGGCCGUCGUCCCGCGGUGUCGCAGAAUGGAGCCGCUCACGUUUUCACCACAGCUAGCUAGCUAGCUAGCUAGCUAGCGAGCGAGCGUUAGCAUCGGGAGAAGCGGCCCGCGGCUGAACGCGAGCACAAAGGCGGCGCCUGUGUCCGAAACAAUGUACCCUUCCUGGGGCAACUACGGCGCGCCCCAGCCGCAAAACUACGGAGGGCCCGGCCCGCGAAAGAUGCCGGUCGGAGGCCACGCCGGGCCGCCGCCGGCUUUCGGCUCUUUGCAGGCCUCGGCGGGCGGCUCCACGUUCUCGAGCCUGCAGGAGCAGCACCGCCAGCAGAUGCAGCAGCUCCAGAUGCUGCACCAGAAGCAGCUCCAGAAUGUGCUCCAGCACGGCAACCCGCCGCCGGCCUACGGUGGCGGACCCCCGGGGGGCUACUCUGCGCCGCCGCCGCCCCCGCCGUGGCAGUCGACGGAACCGACUCCGCAGGAUUGGAGCGCCGGCCCGCAGAGCCACGUGAAGGGAGACGCGGCGGCGACGCAGGUCGACCUCUCGCAGCCGCCGCCCCCGCCUCCUCAGGCGCACAAGAUCGAGUCCCAGCCGGCUCCUCCGCCGCCUGAGCCCCAGUCGGCCAAAGGGAAGGAAACUGGCGCCAAAGACAACGACGGAUCCAAUUUGCAGGAUCAACAGCAACUUUGGUACAAGCAGCAUCUGGAGAAUCUGCAGAAGUUGAGGCAAGAGAAAGCCAAGCAGAAUCAAAAGGAUGCCGAGCCGGUCCACAGCCAAGCGGCGCAGCCUCCUCCUCCGUCCGAGCCGCCUAACGGUGCGCCUCCGCCCCCUCCUCCGAAGGAAGAGCAGCCGGCCCCGCCUCCGCCCCCCGAGCCUGACAAAAAGCAAGACCCCGAGGAGGCGGCCCGUCUCCAGCAGCUCCAGGCUGCGGCGGCUCAGUGGCAGCAGGUUCAGCAGCAGCGAGUUAGCUUACAUUAUCAGGCUCUCAUGCAGCAGCACGAAAAGCUACAGCAGAUUCUCGAAAAGUAUCAGCCUCUCAUUCAACAACCUCCAAACCUGCAGUCGAUGUCACCCGAGAUGCAACUAAGGCAUUAUGAAAUGCAAAAGCAGCAGUUCAUCCCCCUAUUCCAAGACUGGGAGGUUACUUUCAGGCUGUGGUUUGAGCAGUUCCAGACAUAUCCACACAAAGACCAGCUGCAUGACUAUGAGAACCAAUGGAAGCAGUGGCAAGAGCAGAUGAAUGCCACCAAUGCUCACAUUCAGGGAACAAUUACUGCUCUUACUGCGCUGGUGCCGUAUGCUGCAAUGCAGUAUGAUAAUGUAGCUAUGGGCCAGUAUGCCGCUUACCCUGGACAAGACAUGCAAAUGCCACCACCAGUGACUCAAGCGCCAAUGAAUCAGCCACCACCACCUGUGGUUCCGGCUAGUGUGACAUCCCAAGGUCCGCCGCCUGGUCCGCCGACGGGUCCGCCGCCUGGUCCACCGACGGGUCCGCCGCCUGGUCCACCACCUGGUACGCUGACGGGUCCGCCGCCUGGUCCGCCGACGGGUCCGCCGCCUGGUCCACCGACGGGUCCGCCGCCUGGUCCACCACCUGGUACGCUGACGGGUCCGCCGCCUGGUCCACCACCUGGUACGCUGACGGGUCUGCCGCCUGGUCCGCUGACGGGUCCACCGCCUGGUCCACCGCCUGGUCCGCCGCCUGGUCCGCCGCCUGGUCCGCCGCCUGGUCCACUGACGGGUCCGCCGCCUGGUCCGCCACCUGGUCCGCCGCCAGGUCCACUGACGGGUCCGCCGCCCGGUCCGCUGCUGGGUCCGCCGCCCGGUCUGCCACCUGGUCCGCCUCCAGGUUCUCUGCACACUCAAACUGCUGGACCACCACCAAGAGGAGGUGCUCCUGCUGGAAUGGGGCCCACGUGCCCUGUCAACGUUACACCACCGAACUAUAACAGCAUCGGAGGUCCAAGAUUCAACCAGCCUAUGCCAUUCGGUGGAUUUCCAAGAUUUGAUCGGCGUUUCGAGCGUCCCCCUUCAUUUCCGCCACCGCAACAACGCUUUGACGGCCCACCUCGGUUUAACCAACCUGGAACGCGCUUUGAUGCUCCACCUCGGUUUGAUCAACCCCACCAACGCUUUGACGGACCACCUCGUUUUAACCAGCCACGGUCGCGGUUUGAUGGGCCUCCUCGAUUUGACCAGCCCUUUGACGGUCCCCCCAGAUUUGACCAGCCGUCACAACUCCCAUUCCGUCGGCAGUCUAGGUUUGACCAGCCCCCGAGACACACUGGCCCUCAGCCUCCCACCGAAAGCCCACCGGUUCCUCCACAAAAACAGCAAGGACCCCCACCACAAGCCCCAACACAACCUGCCAGUGUAGAUUCGUCAGUUGAAUUGCCACAGUCUGAUCAACAAAAGAGUGAAACUCAAUCUAGUAAAUUGACCACGGAUAAUGAUAUGACAAAUGACUCGCUUGAAACUGUUGAUUUUUUUGUCAAUGAACCUAUACCCCAAACCAGAACAGCAAGCACAGAGGACGAUGAUACUAUGGACAUUUGCAACUCACCCAAACAAGCUGAAGAUAUCCCAUCCCAGCCUGAUGAUGUUCCUCUUGAAUCAGAACAGGGCCAUUCGCAGAACUUUCCCAAAGCCAAUGGCCCGUCAAAAAAUAACAACCCUCCCUCUGGGUUUUCAGAGGCCUCUCAGAAACAACAGGAGAUACAACCAACUAGACAAUUGCAGUCAAGCUCUGGAUCUAUAGAACCUCCACUCGGUAAAGAGCAGGGUCAGUCCGUGUUACUCAUGCAAGGACCAGGACAGGGGGAGGGACGUAGAGACUUCAUGGGACAAAACACCGGACCACCGGUGGGGCUAACAAAUGAAAUGUCUCAUGAAUUUAUGCCUCCCGAGGAAGAUUUGUAUGAAUCACAAGAGGACUAUGAGUGGCAAGAUCCUUCAUAUGAAGAGUUUGGCGAAGAAGUGUGUGAGGAACCAGGUGAAGAAAUUUGGAUGCCAGAGGAUCAUCACUUUGAAGCAGAAGAGGAUUAUUAUGAAGAACCAAUGUUGGGUAGAGGUGGGCCUAUGAUGAGAGGACAUCCCCCUCUAGCCAGGGGCUGUGGCCCCAUGGGAAGAGGUGGACCGCCCAUGGGAAGAGGUGGACCGCCCAUGGGAAGAGGUGGACCGCCCAUGGGAAGAGGUGGACCGCCCAUGGGAAGAGGAGGACCGCCCAUGGGAAGAGGGGGACCGCCCAUGGGACGAGGGGGACCGCCCAUGGGACGAGGGGGACCGCCCAUGGGAAGAGGGGGACCGCCCAUGGGACGAGGGGGACCGCCCAUGGGACGAGGGGGACCGCCCAUGGGACGAGGGGGACCGCUCAUGGGAAGAGGAGGACCGCUCAUGGGAAGAGGAGGACCGCCCAUGGGUAGAGACGGGCCACCUUUGGGUAGGUCAGAUCUGGAUAUCGGCACAGGAGGUCCACCAAUGGGUAGAGGUGGUCCACCAAUGGGUAGAGGUGGUCUGCCCAUAGGCAGAGACGGGCCACUCUUGGGUAGGCCAGGACCGGAUAUUGGCACAGGAGGUCCGCCCCCGGGGCGAGGAGGCCCCGCCAUGGGGCGUGGCGGCCCUCCAAUGGGGCGAGGCGGCCCCCCCAUGGGGCGCGGGGAACCCAUCGACCGUCAAUGGAAAGAUGAUGAUUCAGCUGAGUACUAUGAUGAAGAUGAAUCUUAUUGGGGAGAGGGCGAUCCUCCAAUGAGAGGGAUGAGACCCCCAUUUCCACCUGACCGCAGCCGUCCACCACACAGUCGUGGUCCACGUGGCCAUGCACCACGUGGUCUUCCACCACGCGGUCACCCACCACAGGGCCCCCCUGGUUUUAUGCAGGAACGAGGACCCCUCCCGCACCGGGCGCAUGGGCCAGUUGAUGAAGAUUCUUUCGGCUAUGGUAUGGACUCCGGUGAUAUGGCCAUGGAUGAAUCUGAUCACAUGUAUCGUGGUGACGAUCCGCAUGACUCGAUGUACUCAGGUGCAGGAAGAGGCAUGCGGCCACCGCCACCACCUCACAAACUAAUGGAAGCCAACGAGGAACCAUUUUAUCACGAAGAGAUGGAGCGUGAGGAAGAUUGGAAGCCACCUUACGCAAGACGCCCGCCAAUGCCCCACGAGAUAAUUGAAAGAGGAAGAGACAUGAGAAGACCGCCUAUGGCUCGUGGAAUGGCGAGAGGCAUGAUGCGGCCUAGCGCACUGCAUGAACAAGAAGAAGGAUACAGGUUUGGUUUCAGUGAGGAGUUUGAUAACAGGGAACUUGACUAUGGUCAUGGAGAAGAAGACUAUCACCGGAGGCCGCCACAUCUUGAUGACGCUCGACGCGAGGGCAGGUUUUUUGAUCCUCAGUGGGACCAAGAGCGGUCACCACCAAACAGGAAGUAUCCACCGCCUCGCUCAGACUACUUCCAGGACGAGCGCUGGCUUGAGGAAAGAGAGCGAGGUCCACCGCAUCCAUUCGAUGACUUUGACCGGAGAAGAGGUGAUACCAGAGAUCUCGAUUACAUGGACAAGCCACCAUCCAGACCGGACGAUCUAGCACGUCCUUCGGAAUGGGAUCGGCCUUCAAGAUUUGACCCAGCGCAAGAGAGAACGUAUUCACCCUAUCGAGACCGUCGAGACGAAGGUUCUUUGGAUAGACCUCCACACCAAAAUGACAAAAACCUGCCAGAGAGUUCAUCAGAGCAGCAGGGAGGGAAUGUGCUCGCGCUUUCUCAGCGACAACAUGAAAUCAUAUUGAAAGCUGCUCAAGAAUUAAAACGGAUGAGGGAACUGCAGGAGGGGAAGCCUGAUACUUCAUCUCAAAAUGCACCUGCUGAGACUUUACCCGACCUCCCUGCUGAGCUCCUUGGUUUGGAGAUCCCACCAGAUGUCAGAAAUGUUCUGAAGGGCAUGUCCACAUCUCCCGAUAUGGCUAAAACACAGUCUUGGGAUACAAAUCCUGCCGCUCCUGUCCAUACGGUGGUUCCAAAGACUGUGGAGUACGGCCAUGGACAUGAACCGGGUACCACUGUGGAGCGGAUCGCUUAUGGUGAGAGGAUUGUGUUGAGGCCUGACCCAGACAGAGGCUAUGAAAAAGAAUCUCUUCGAGAUCCUUACAGCAGGGAUUCCUAUUAUGACAGAAGACCAGAUCCUUACACGGACCGUCGGGAGUACACUAGAGAACGAGAAUUCUACCGAGAAAAACCACCACCAGAAUAUGAAAGAGAACGUUUUGGAAGGGAACGGUACCCCCCAAGAGACCGAGACGACAGGCGCCCAUUUCGUCCGGGGUACCGGGAAAGAGAGUGCGACCUUCGAGAGAGGGACCGAAGUGGCAGCCGCGAUCGGGAGGAUCCUUUCGGAAGGCCCGGUUACGAGAGGCCUCUGUACGAGCGCGCCGGACCUGACCGUGGCGGUCCCGAGCGCUACGGCCAUACCUCCUCACCUUUUGCAGACAGAAGUUACCCAGAGGAACGUGGGCCCCCCGCCGCACCGCCGCUGGCGCCGCCGCCGCCGCCACAGUCACUCCCACCUGUUGAGAAGAAGCCCGAGAUCAAGAACGUCGACGACAUUCUCAAACCCCCCGGAAGGCUGUCGCGCCCCGAAAGGAUUGUCAUCAUCAUGAGGGGGCUGCCGGGGAGCGGAAAGAGUCACGUUGCAAAGCUCAUACGGGAUAAAGAGGUGGACUGUGGCGGAGCCCCUCCAAGAGUUCUGGUUUUGGAUGACUACUUUAUGACUGAAGUUGAGAAAGUCGAGAAAGACCCAGACACGGGCAAAAGGGUCAAGAGAAAGGUUCUCGAGUACGAGUAUGAGCCAGAGAUGGAGUCCACUUACCGCAGCAGCAUGCUGAAGACGUUUAAGAAGACUCUGGACGAUGGCUUUUUCCCUUUCAUCAUUUUGGACACUAUCAACGACAGGGUCAGCCACUUUGAUCAGUUUUGGAGUGCUGCCAAAACGAAAGGUUUCGAGGUGUACAUUGCUGAAAUCACUGCUGACACCCACACUUGUGCAAAGAGAAACGCCCACGGACGCACACUUAAGGAUAUCACCAAGAUGUCCAACAACUGGGAGUCCUCGCCUCGUCACAUGGUCCGCUUGGAUGUUCGAGCGCUGCUGCAGGACGCGGCUAUAGAGGAGGUGGAAAUGGAAGACUUCAACCCCGAGGAGGAGGCAAAAGAAACCAAGAGAGAGGAGGAAGAGGAGGGUGAUCUGGGCUACAUUCCAAAAAGCAAAUGGGAGAUGGACACCUCGGAAGCAAAACUCGACAAGCUGGACGGUUUGGGGAGCGGCAGCAAGAGGAAGCGCGACGGCGGCCACGCGGCAGCUUUGGAGGACUACCUUCAGCUGCCCGACGACUACGCCUCCCGCAAGUCUCAGCCGGGGAAGAAGAGGGUGCGAUGGGCCGACCUGGAAGAGCAAAAGGACGCCGAUCGCAAGCGCGCAAUCGGCUUCGUGGUGGGCCAGACCGACUGGGAAAAAAUCACAGACGAUAGCGGUCAGCUCGCACAGAAAGCGCUCAACCGGACAAAAUAUUUCUAAAAGAUCAGCGUAACUCCAUUUUUUUGAUGUAGUUAAAGGUGUCCGGACUCGGAAACACAAGACUCGUUCGUUUUACUUGAUGAGUAUCAGUUGUUUUUUUUUUUUUUUUUAAACGUUGAAGUCAGCAUUCAUGUAGUAUUCAUUCUGUAUUUUUUGGGGGGGGAG